AUGGAUCGAGUGUUGCUCUUGUGGCCGGUGUUCAUCCGACAUAUCAUCGAUCAACAAAGCCCACUUUUUGGAGUCACCAAAGAAGGGAACUUCGAGUUCGAGAUCAUUGUGACAGUUGAGGGAAAUGUGGAAUCAACAGGGAUGACUUUUCAGCGAAGAACCUCAUUUCGACCGGAUGAGAUCCAACGGGGAUACAGGUAUCCC